UGACGUUUCGCAAAAAAUAAAGGAAAGAAAUUUUCAUAUCGCCAAACGGAGGUUGACAUUUCAGAAUAAGUGCAUUUGGUAAAGAAUUCUGCAGCGGAAAUUUUCUGAAAUUUAGUGCAAAUAGACUUUUAAUAUAUUAGAAAAUUAGUGUUAAUAAGUUAAUAAAAUGUGAUUUGAAUGCAAGGAAAUAAGAGAGAAAUAAAUAUUAGCAACAAAACACAUAAAGCACCGACACCAAUAUCGCUUAUAUCAGCAGCAGCGGACUACGGAAAAAAAGGUGUCAGUAGAAAAAAAGGGCGGAAAGGUGUUGGUGCACGCGAAAAUAUUUUUUUCGGCGAAGGAACGGGCAGCACAAAAAACUUUUCGGCCAGCCAUAUAUAUAUACUAAUAUAAUCGUUCAGCAUUGUGUGCAAAAGCAAAGAAAUAAAAACGAUUUUUAUUUUAGAAAGAGAAUCGUCAACGGGUAACUGAAAAUAUUUUCUCUGUCACAAGGGAGCCCACCGUCAUUUUUCGUAGUAAAAUAUCAGAAUGACUGCUCUUCUACAAAAUUUGGAAAUUUUUGAACUGCGUCCACUUAUUACAAAUUUAAAUUGCAAAUUAUCUACAGCUAGCGAAUACGAUGCCCGCAAACAGUUAUUAUGCCUCGUUUCAGAGGAAAAUGAUAUUGUGCUGCGCUACACAAGCGAAGGUGGACAGGAAGUGUUAAAAUUGAUUUCGUGGUUUCGACGGACCAAUCGGGUAAUACAUGACGUCUGCUUUGAUCCCUCCGGUACUUGGCUAUUAGUGCUAUGUUUCGACAAUACACUGCACAUUGUACCCGCCCUUGCGGUGGUCGACAAAACAUUUAUGGAGCCAUCGAAUUCUACACACCCGCCGCAACAGCCAUAUUGCACAACACAAAUUACCUCAUACAUCAUACCAUUUGUCGGUCCACACGAGUGUCCCAACUCUAAAAAGUGUCCAAAUCAGGCUACUCACAAUGAGACAGCAUCAAAACAAGCGCCACUCAUACCCAGCGCUGUUAUCGAAGAAAAAGAAGAAGGUGUAUGUAAUGAAGACGCCGAGGUAGAGAAGAUCGUAGAUGAGAUCGAAAACGCUGAAGAAACUGAAAAUAUCUCCAACUCACGGGAGAGUGUUGCACAGGCAUCAAAGUUACUUGUAGAAGUUGAGGUCAAUAUCGAACCGAAACAACCAGUCAAUGUAAAUCUAGAUGCGUAUAGUCAUGAUAUGCCCGCCAGUAUGCUUGCGCCAACAUCACCGCCUAAUAUCAUUGAAGAUAAGACUGGUAAUGCACAGGUUAUGGCUACAUCUUUUAUGGCUUCCAUUACUUGUCCAUACCCAUUAGCGGUGGUUUGGUGGCAAACAUUUGAUGGUGUUAAUCGUGCUGUUAUCGGCUAUUCCGAUGGUUCAGUUUGUUUCGUGGGUCUCAGUCCUAAUUGCCCUUUUGUCGCAAGCACAGCAAUCGAUACAGGCUCGGUGGUGAAAUUAAUCAUAUGUAAGGAUAGCACUUUCGAUAGUGUAAUGUUGUUGAUCACAUCAUCGCUGAAGCAACAAUUCAAGUUACUACUCGAACAAAAAGCCAUUAAGUACAUCUAUCCAGGCGAAAUCUCACCCGGUGCUGUACAUGGUCGUGAUAGUGAUUGGCAAAUUGUUAUGCCAUUAAAAACACAAAGCAACUGCUCGGAUCCAGCGUCUGACAGCAGUAUGGUGGAGGAAGAUGUUUUCCUAAGAAAUGAUGAGCUUCCCAGCACCUCCACGGCUGCUCCGAACGUUGGUAAUAUAGCCCAGCCGAGUCAUUUACUGAAACGUUCAAUGUUGUUACAAGGUACGCACACGUCCAUAUCCAAGGCUGCAGGUAGCACAGCAGCCACACAGCCACCGCCACCUCCCUACACGGUAGCUAUAAACCGUCACUUGGACACUGCACCGACAACAAGCACGGCCGCAUUAAAUGGCAAUAGUGCUGGGUUAACGAAUAGUAGUGGAAGUACCAUUACCAGCAGCACAUCCGCUACUGUAAACCACACUGGCUCGUCAACGGGUGUGCGUUUCACACAACAACAGCUGCCUGAAUUGGAUGAUGCGAAUGCACGUGCUGGCCUUUUGCCGGCAGCGCGCGCUCGUCUCGCCUCUUUGAAAAGCUUGGGCACCAAAAAGCUAAAUGCCAUUAAAAUGCGUCUCUCCGAUAAUCGGCAAAAACUGGAAGAUUACAUGCCUGAAAAUACUCUUGGGAAUUUCGCCAUUAUGGACUCACCAUCACUCACACCCGAGGUGCUGAACAACACCAGCGGCUCAUUUUAUACCAUACAGAACUUGCGUAGCACCUAUUUGCUAAGCGCACUGCACAGCCAUACAAACAGUUUAACUGUGCAUAGCAUUGAUAUUAAUUUGAAACCGUUAUUUUUAUAUAAAAUUCCAAAGAAUUGUUUUGAUAUUCUAAUAAGCUCAAAUUUGCUCUAUACCAUACAAUAUGUUGAUCUAAAUGGUGUUACAUCAAAAGAAUGCAUUGAGUUGCAAAAUAUUGAAAAGAAUACAGAGAAAGAAGAUCGCGACACUGAUGCUGAGAAGGAAGAGCAUUACGCUGAAAAGUUGACAAAUGUAAGCGACUACAGUGAAGACAAUGACACGCUACUCGGCGGUGAUUUAAAUGCAGCAGGCUCAUACAGCGCGGAUACGAGUGCGACUACAAGUGUGCCGUCGUCGAGCGAUAGUCUAUCAGCAUGCAAUGCAAUAAAUGCUGUGGGUGUGAUCAGCAGUGCUAUGGCCUCAUUGCGCACGGGCGAAGAGGAUCACUUCGACUCUUCAUCGCAGUUAAGCAUUUUUCGUUUCGAAAAUGAAACUGUGCUCAAUCUCUAUCAAAUGGCUACUUAUCGUUCUAACGAGCCCAGUGAAAUAAUAUCGAAGGAGGAAAAGGCUAAAGCAUUCGAUUACAAAGAUAUACGCUCACCCAUGGAUUAUGUGCAGUUUUAUGAGAAUGUUGAUGCACAGGAGGAGUAUUCAUUGCGGCAAAUGGAAAUUAUGAAACAUGAAUUCCCGAAAAUCAACUACGAUCCUUGUUAUGUGGUGACCAACAAAAAUGUCUACUAUAUACAACUAAAGAAAGAACCAUUUGCAAUUUUCCUCGACUCCGCGCUGGCUGGCGAAUGGACGCAAUGUCGCGAGUUCUGCAACACUUUUGAUCUCGCCUAUGAGGAGUGCAUAGAGUUUGCGGGUGAUUAUUUGCUGCGUCGCAAGAAGGUCACUCAAGCUUUGAUCACAUACAAUACGGCACGCAUCAAGCCAAUACGCACUGCGCUCAAAUUGGCCAUGUUCGGUCAAACAUGUGCUCUAAUGCAUCUGUGUGCAAUGGCGCUGAAGACAACAUACCUACUUAAAUCGAAAUACUUUAGCAGCCCUAUUAUAAAAACAUUACUUCAAGAUAUUACAUAUCGUCAUUCGGAAGAUGUGCGCACAAUAUUGCCACUAAUGCCCAAUGCAAAUCAUAAUACGGUCAUAAAUGAGGGUGUAUCUGCCAGUGAUUAUACCUAUGGUGUGGAUGAUUCGCUGAGUAAUUUGCAAAUGUCACCCUCGUCACAAUUCCAUUUGGCCAAUUUGUUGUUGAUCACCCUGGCGGAGCGCGCUGUGAAUGAUAAAAAUUAUUUGCCUUUGUGGAAUUUUCUUGUAACCAACACAAAAUAUCACACAAAUAUGACAAGCAUUGUGCUGUGUCAAAGUGGUCUCUUCUCCUCUGCAUUGAUUUUGGCGAAGACCCGUGGCGUUUGUAUAGACACCUUUUUGGCGUUGACCAGCGUUGUUGGGCAGGAAUUUGGUAAAUAUCGUAAAGAGUGUUUACAAGAAAGGAACAAUAACUUUUUUACAUUAGGCUGGUAUACAGAGAUGAAUGUGUGUUUGUAUAAUUUGAGUGAGCCAAUGUUUGCCGAGACGAUUACGUAUUUGCCGCAAGUCGCUUUUGACUAUUUCACUUUCAUACAGGAGAAAUUGCCAAAUGUGCGAUACUGUGUGCUUAAGCGCCUUGAACAUCAAUUAAAUCCCUUCUCCGCCGUCCUACGUCCAAUUGUGUCGCACACUUCCUCCGGUCACAUAGAGAUCAGUACAAAUGACAAUAAAACGUUUUUAUUUGAAUUUUGUAAAAACCUCAUCGAGACAUAUUUGGCUGUACUCAUACAUAUGGAAUCUCAACGUUCGAAAAGCGAGCAUAUAACGAACGCAUUGUCGACAUUCCGUAUUACAUACGAAGACAAUCAGUUUGCCAUUGAAACAUCACGCUUUAAACCUAUCUCAGCUGGUUGUGCACACUGCGCUUGUGUUGUGGAUGGAGUUGCCUACUUUUGGGGUUCUAAUGGCGUGCCUUGUAAUUAUAGCGUUAACAAGUCUUCCGAUCCUCCUGAGCCCGCGCAUACUGUUAAAAGUCUAGAUUUACUGUCCCAACUGAAUUUGGAAGUUCAUACCGUGAAAUGCGGGCGUCAGCAUACCUUAGUACUUACGAAUAAUGGGUUAUAUGCUUUUGGCAAUAAUAACCUACUACAAUUAGGCAUUGGACGUGAUAUGCAAGUGUCUUUGCAACCAAUGCUUGUGCGUGCUUUCGAUGGCAAGAAUAUAACGAUCAUUGAAGCAGGUCAAUAUCACAAUGCCGCAGUUGCCGAUGGACUGUUGUAUACCUGGGGUUGGGGCAUUUAUGGUCAGCUCGGUCAUGGCAAUUGUGAAAGUGUAGCCGAACCUAAGGUUAUAGCUUUCUUCAAAACAAAAAAAAUUCUUCAAGUUUCCUUGGGUCAUGCGCACAGCUUGGUGCUCUGUCAGGCAGCGAAUAACCUGAACGCCACCGAAUUAUUUGUGUUUGGCUCAAAUCAUUUUGGCCAAUUGGGCAUUGGUUCAGGUUCCUCGAGCGGCGAAGGACACAUCAAUAUUUCGAGUGAUGAUGAAAUGCAUUGUGCUAGUCAAGUGAAGAGUUUGGUGCCGAUAAAACUGUUUGUCUGCACUGAAAGAAUAAGACUGAUACAUACCAAAUUUUUUUCAAACUUAGCUGUCGAUGAAAAUGGUUGCAUGUACACGUGGGGCUCCUCACCUCAAGCUCUGCGCUUGGCCAAUCAGAUAAAACGUCGUGCAAAUGCAAAGCUGAAAAUGGAGGAACAUCAACGUCGUGAAAUGAGCAAGCGUUUUGAAGCUACACUUGCCAGCGACACUACAACGAUACCAAGCGAGUCCCCUGCUUCAAGAAGUGCUUAUGCGGAAGCACCGAAAUCUAUUGCGGCUGAGGUGGCCAAAAGCAUUCUAACGGAUACAAUUAACGAGAACGUGCUACCAAGCACUCUUGAAACACACAAACAAACAGAUAAAGAAACAAGCGUCAGCGAAGAAAAUACCCACAAAGAACUAGAACUCGUAGAUGUCUUAGCAUCUAGCGUUAUUGCUGAACCAGAAGUGGAUGGUAAUGAAAUGAAGGUGGUUGAUGUGAAGGAAAUGGUUGUUGAGGAGAUAACCACAGCCGCCACCGAAAUUACCAUACAAUUGGUGGAUGAUGUGGUGGAGGAACUAGUCGGAGACGUUAAGCCAAUGAUGACACAACCACUCAAGCUCAAACCGGCAGCUGUGCAAGAGUCCACUGCAGCUGCAAAAAAGAAUGUCGAAGCACAGCAGCAAUCAGCGGCGACGGCGACGGCUACCGCAACUGCAACUGCGACGGUAACUAAUGCAGAGGUUGAUCCCUGUGAACAUAUGACACCACAUCUGGUGGAUACAACGGAAAUUGCAGGGCAAAUAAUGCAGAUAUCCAGUGGACUCUUCCACUUUGCUUUGAUCUCUUCUACUUGCACUCUCUACACAUGGGGUAAGAAUUUGGAGCACCAGCUAGGUACGGGCGACAAGGAGCGUCGCGCUGUUAGCAAGCCCUCACCUGUGGAUUGUGUUGAUCGGCCUAUUUACGUUGAUUGCGGCGCAGAUUUUACAGUCGUCAUGAAUGCAGACUAUAUGGUCAAAGCAUUUGGUGGCAAUGCUAAUGGACAAUGCGGUCGUGAUCUUGGUCCAUCAAUCGAUAAGAUGAAACAGCGCGUUGUGUGUUUACCGGCAACCAAGCGACUCAUGCGAUUCGAGAGCCAGUGUGUCGAUGUGCCAGUUGAAAUAAAUUUACCACGCCCACGCAUACGUUUGGAAACGGACCCCGUACGCUACUUGAAGUGCAUACCAAAAUAUCAAAUACAAUUCAUGCAAGAGGCCGGUAUUAAUUUUGAUAAUGCGGCCACUAACUUUGAACGUCCAUCGCCUUCCAACCAAUACAAGUCCACAACGCAGGCGGAUAGUAGCGAAAAUGUGGUUACCGGUCAGGACUCGGACGAGAUGAUCUCAAGCCUAGAGAAUUUAAGUAACAACGAAGUGAACGAUGGUUGCUCGUUGAAUUUCUCAUUGUUGCCUUCUUCGGAAGCGGGCGGUGUGCUAAAUGCCGCCACCGCUGUCGGCAACGCAGCAUCGGAUGAUGCACAACACAGCGUUGUUGUGGAUGAUAUUACGCCAGAUGAUCAUAGCUAUGCGCGUCUACCCGUAACAGACAAUUCGGACGUCAGUUGUGCGCCAACUGGCCAGCAAAGUCCACUGGUAACUAAACAAAAUGUAAACAAUCAUGAGCAAACACCCACCGGACAAACGGCUGGCGGCUCUCAGAGUACGCUGACUUCCAAUGCGCCCAACGAUGGUGAUGACACGUUAGAGGAUGAUAUGAAUCUGCAACAAUUGCGUCAAUACAUACACUACUGUCUAUAUGUAUUUCACGGUCUCUACAAUCCGGAUAAAGUGUGCGACUUCUCAAGGGAGCGUCUGGAGUAUCGUAUACGCACGCUGAUGUUGAAUUUCAAAUUUGUCGAUGCAUUCGUAUUGUGUUUACCGAAUUGCGACAGCGCGCAGAAAGCAUUGAAAAUAUUCGCAUACUUUUCCAAAGAUACGGGUUUUGUGCCACUACGCCGGCAGGAUGUGAAGUACUUAAUUUAUUAUUUGUUAAAACAUUUUAUAGCGCAAAAAUUCGAUAUGCUCGAAUGCGAGCGUUUCUUUAUGGGCGAUCUCAACUACUAUCUACUCGAAUUGUCGUACGUUAUGUUUUUCAAUAACAACAACAGCAUGUUGGAACGUAGCUUAAAUGAAAAAUUCAAAAGCUACUUCGCACAGGAGGAGGCACAGCAGCAGUUAAAUCAAAAUCAAAACGAAGAUGAGCAGAUGCAACAUAAAUUGGAGGAUACGGAUGUGAUAUUCGAUAGCCUAAGUGUUAAGUUCAAAACGAUCAUAUGCCAGAGGCUGAUGCAGCACUGCAACAAUUAGUUGUUAGUGUUUAGCACCAUUAGUAUAACUUGUUUUUAAUUUAUUAUUAAUUCGUGAUAUGAGUUGUUUUUUAUUUUUUAAUUCUUCGUCAAUCGUUUUUUAAUUGUAUUGUAUUUAAAUUUACAGUUUAAAUAUGUAUGUGUAUAUAUAUAUACUAUAUUGAUAUUUUGAUUUGCCUUAACGAGAAAAUGUAAUAUACCUACCUAUACAUAUACAUACAUACAUAUAUUAUCAUUUAUACCUCAUAAAAUUAUAUGCAUAUUAUUGAUGUGUUUAAUCGAGUUGUUGUCGUUUCUUAUUUUUAAAUAAUUUUAGUUUUUAGUUUCAUUAUAUAUACAUACAUUAUAGGUCUUCCUACACAAUUUCGUUUGGAGUUUCGUACUUUCCGCCUACAGUUAGUUAGAGGAGUUGAGGCAUAGAAGCUUACUUUUACUUAUUAUUUGAUUUUUAUAGGAAACCUGCAAUGAAAAUGAACAAUAAUAAGCUGUACUCUAAUGUAUGUAGUCUGCGUGGGAAUUUCAAUUGGAAAAAAUCAGAAAAAUAAUGUAUAGCAAAGGCCUUUUUUCAUUGGUGCCCUCUUCAGCGGGAUUGUGAAUACAAGCUAAAUUCAAAGUUGAGUUAUAAAUUAAUACUAAAAUUAAGUUCCCUUCUAAAUAGUUUUUAUUUAAUUUGUUUAAAAAGGCAUAAUCUAAAUUCUACACCAACUAAAGUAUCAAAAUUAUUUAAUGCAACUAAUCGAAAUGAAAAUUUCAUCGCACAACAUCACGUAGAUAAAUAUGAAAUUACUUUCACAAGCAUAUAGUUAAAUACAAUAGUAAAGAGCAUUAGAAAAAAACAACAAAAAUAGCAACUUUAAAUUUAAAAUGGGGUAUGGCUUAUGAGAUCGCUUACCGAGGCGAUUUGCACUAGCCUCGUCUAGCUGCGCUUCGCAAUAAAUAAAAAGUAAAUAAUUAGUUAUUAGAAGUAAAUGGAAAUAUACAUAA